AUGAGUGAACCCGAACGUCGCCGCAGACGACCAGCCGUCCUCCAACACGAGCAGCGCUUCGACAGCUCCCAGUCACUCCGCAACAUCUUUGGAACCCUCAUUGACAAGCGCGUCUACUUUACCUACCCCACCAUCCAGUCAAGAGGUCGAGGCUUUGAGCUCAAGGAUAUGCACGAGAUGCUUGAGAGAUAUGCACAUGAAAAUUCCCCCAUUGUCACCUACUUAAUCAAGUGCAAGGCUUUGGCAAGGCUCAUCAAGGCGCGCCGAGCGCCUCCUUGGCCAACAUCUUUGACGACUCAACUGCCCCCCAGAAGGGUCACAGAUGAGCUCGUCGAAUGCUACCUACGAACUACAGAGAGAAUCUACCGAAUCCUCCAUGUCCCGACUUUCCGAAAUCAGUACAAGGCUCUGUAUACCUCCCGAGAUGAUCCCGACCGAUCUUUUCUCGUUCAGUUGAAGCUCGUCCUAGCUUUAGGGGCUGUGACCUACGACGAAAAGUUCUCGAUGCGCGUAUCGGCCGUCCGAUGGAUCUAUGAGGCACAAGCCUGGGUCUCGGAGCCCGAAUUCAAGUCACGGUUGGGCAUCCAGUAUCUACAAACCAACAUCUUGCUGUUGCUUGCUCGAGAGAUGGUGCAGGUCAGUGGUGAGUCCCCUUGGGUUGCCGCUGGUUCGCUGUACAGAACCGCCGUGUCCAUGGGCCUACAUAGAGACCCUGUGCAUCUGUCGAAGAGAACAAGGUUCGUUUCAGAGAUGCGCCGACGCUUGUGGAACACUAUUCUUGAGAUUUCUUUACAGUCCAGCCUAUCUUCUGGAAGUCCUCCGCUCAUAUCUUUGAAUGAUUUCGACACCGAGCCUCCCGGUAAUUUUGAUGAUGAUCAGCUUUUGGCAGACGAUCCUGCGCCCCGACCGGAACACGAGUUCACGGAGCUGUCCAUCGCCAGAGCCUUGCGAAAAACCUUCCCAGAGCGCCUCAAUGUUGCCAAACUUCUAAACAACAUCAGUUCCCAGGGAAGUUACGAGGAAACCAUACGAAUCGAUGCAGAACUCAGGGCUUCUUACAGGGCCUUGACCCAAACCCUUCACGGCUGUAAAUCAGCUCCCGGACGCUCGCCAUCCCAAUUUGAGCUAUGUGCAGCGGACUUCAUCAUGCGUCGUUAUGUCUCAGCCCUCCAUUUCCCCUUCCUCGGCCCGUCACUCCACGAGACAUGUUACGCCUUCUCCCGCAAAGUGUCAGUCGAAGCCUCGUUCAAACUCUGGUGCGCGGCAUACCCUCCCUCGUCCGUGUCUUCCCUAGAUACGCACUCCGACAAUGAUGCAUUUGCUUCGAGCCGUUACGAAUUCUCACGUUACACGAUAUGCGGCUUUGGUUUCUUUCGAACAGUGGCUUGGCAGGCCAGCCUCAUCAUAGCAAUCGAGCUAAAGAAUCAGCUUCAAGAGGAAGAUAGCUUAUGCCCAGCGCCGUUAAGAUCGGACUUGCUAUGUGCUCUGGAAGAUUCAAAGACUUGGUCACUACGGUGCAUCGAGGCCGGAGAGACCAACAUAAAGGGCUACCUUGGAAUUAGCGUGGCAGCUGCACAAAUCCAAGGCCUCCUGAAGGGCCUUGCAGGGGACGCCUUGGCCGAAUUCAUGAUUAGAGCUGGAGAGGCAGCCGAGGAGAGAUGUCUACCCAUAUUGGAAUCUGCGGCAGCGGAGAUGGAAACGGAUGAAGUCGACCAAAGCCAGCUGCCCCCGAAUGCAGUGUUUGACUUUGGUGAAGAUUGGGACUUUAUGAUGUCUAAUGGUAUCUUUGAUCCUGGUCACGGUGACUCCAUGGCUUGGAUGCUCUGA